AUGGCUUCCAACAGCUUGAAGUUAUUUUACUAUGAUGCCAAAGGUCGAGCAGAAUUAAUCCGACUGGUUCUGGCUGCAGGUGGAAGAGAAUAUGAGAAUGUGAUACUUACUCAGGAUGACUGGCAGACGGAGAAAUACAAGACUCCAUUUGGUCAGCUUCCUGUUAUGGAGAUUGGUGGCAAGAAAUAUGCACAGAGCAUAGCCUUGGCAAAUUAUUGUGCUGCAGAGUGUGGGCUCUAUGGCAAGACCAAUCUUGAUCGUCUGAACAUUGAUCAGGUUGUGUGCCUAGGAAGUGAUCUGGUUAGUCUAGCCACACAAGCAUUCCAUGAAAAAGAUGAGACCAGAAAGGCAGAGAAAAUGAAAAAUUUUGCAGAAGUGGAAGCACCAAGAUUCUUUAACAUGUAUGAAAAGCUUCUGAAAGAGUCAAGCACUGGUUACUUCUGUGGGGACUCUCUAACACUGGCAGACUUGUUUAUCUAUGAUCAAGUGUUUACUGAAUCAAAGUGGAAAACAUUCAAAACUGAAGGAUUCCCUUUAUUGAAUGCUCUCAGGAAGCUGGUGGAAAGUAAUGAGAAGAUAAAGGCAUAUUUAGCCACAAGGAAACCCACAGAAUUCUAA